GCAACAGGGACAGGGCUGCCGUUGUAAAAGUCCCUGGUGUUUACUCUUUACGGAAUAGCCAGGAUAUAUGCUUUCAUACUAGAGAGACUCGUUGCCCUGUUCUCCUCUACAGAGUUUAUACAAUACGACUCACUGAGUUUACAUGACACGACAGCAAUCAAAUGGGACGGGGCUGCCCGGAUGUCGGUUCUGCAGUCUUGAGAUGCCCUGGUCUACAUACAUUGUCUACGGCUCAAAAGAGGAUAUAAUGCCGCCGUUACCGGCUGCUCUCGUCCCGGCGGACACAGCCUGCGAGACAACGACUCAAGAUGCGUCUUUUCAGCAGAGUCGUAACCGCUGUCGUCUUGCUUCAGCAAGUCUACGGACUCAGCCAGCGACAAGUAACGCACCUCGAAACUUCACCGAAAUCUCGUCUAGCCAAACGGGAUGACGACACGACGGGCGUUAUUGGGGGUACAUUCGACCAGCUGAUCGAUCACGAUGAACCUUCUCGAGGCACAUUCAAGCAACGGUACUGGUACAGCCUUAAUUACGCGAAUGGCACCAACCCUCCUGUCGUGUUCAUAUCUCCCAUCGACGCUGAGGCUGAACAAGUGAAGUUCUGGUUGCACGAUGACUAUGUCAUUGGCGGCAUGAUUGCACGACGCAUUGGAGCUGUGAUGCUGCUGCUUGAGGAUCGAUAUUUCGGUCAAUCGUCGCCAUAUCAGCAACUCACAACUGAGAAUAUGAAGUACUACACCGAGGAUCAGAUGAUGCGCGAUAAGGUAUACUUUGCUGAAAAUGUCAAACUACCAUUUGCGAAAAAUGAUAGUGCCAGGCCGGCCAAGGUGCCCUGGGUUCACACAGGAUGCUCAGGACAGGGAAAUCGAGUCUUGUUCACGCAGAAACUGUCUCCAGGUACAUUCUGGGCGAGCUGGGCGUCAAGCGCACCACCGCAAGCGAUCUCUGACUACUGGAGGUACUUUGACGCUGCCAAAGCAUAUCUGCCCAAGAACUGUACAGCAGAUGUCGAGAAGGUCAUUGAACAUCUGGACAAUGUCAUGUUUAACGGCUCGGCAGAGGAAAUCCAGCAAAUUAAGGAAGACUUCGGGGCUCCUGAUCUCAAACACAACGAUGAUUUUAUGAACCUCCUCAACUAUGGACCACAGUCUUAUCAGGGCGCUUCUUUACGCAUAUACGAUACGUGGAAGUUCUGCGAUUACGUCGAGAAUGCCGUUGGUGUUACAGACAAGUCUAAGCUCCCAGGCUCAGGAGGCGUUGGUCUGGAAAAGGCACUGGAAGGAUAUGCCCGCUGGACUAAAGAGGUCUACAUCCCUGGGAAAUGUGAGGAUCGAGGUCCCUGGAAGGGGGUCAACAACACGGGCUGCUUCAACUUUGGUGACGCUGACAGUUUGGUCUACGCCAAUAAGACACUGGCCAAUCCGGGCAUUGCAGAUACGCUGCAAUUUCAAUGGCUCAUCUGUAACGAGCCUGAAGAGUUCUGGCAGACGGGUUCACCAGAGGGCACACCGACACUGGUCUCACGCUUGGUGGACAGGGAGUACUUCAGGAAGACAUGUGCGCGUUAUUUCCCUCCUGGUCCUAAUGGAGAGACCUACGGCCUGGCCGAAGGAAAGACCACAGAAUCAUGGAACGCUCACUACGGAGGCUGGAGCGACCCUUCUGCGUACGUGAAGAGGACUGUCUUGGUUGAUGGUCUGUAUGAUCCUUGGCGGGCGGCGGGAUUUUCUUCUUCACAAAGACCUGGAGGUGUGCUGGGCAACAGCACCUACAUCAAACACUUUUUGAAUCCCUUGGGCAAUCACUGUACAGAUAUGUAUCGUAAUGCCGGUACUAUUUGGCCAGAGGUCAAGGCCAUCCAGGAGGCUGGCAUUAAUCAGAUUGUGAAGUGGGUUGCGGAGUUUCCCAAGAAUAAGUGAACAUUAGGGGAAUGAAGGACGUGGAUGAAUGAAAUGGCUUGGGGAGUUUGGUGGUGAAGCAAAGGGCGAUGAGUAGGAUGAAUCGCUGAUCGACGCUACUAGUGAGUCCGAGGGUUUUUGAUAGAUGAUCGUGUAAGUCGAGAUGUUUUAUCUAAGACAUGCCAAUUAAGGGAGAUAAAAACAUAUAUUCCCGCGUAUAGAAUCUGAUCUCGAGCUUGAUAAUUCAUCAUUGUCUUAAGACUUGCUUUUUAUUUCUUCUUGUUCUGUAUCUCCUAGACCACCAC